GCUGCCUAUGGAGGACACACAGAGACCCUUGACUCCUUAAUCACAAAUGGUGCUACCUCACAGCUCCAGGAUCAUUAUGGACGGACACCGCUUUGGUUGGCUGCAGCUGGCGGCAAGACCGCCACAGUAGAAGCCCUCAUUAAGAAACAUAGCGUCGAUCAUCAAAUAGCUGACAAUCUUGGGAGAAAGCCUUCCUGGAUAGCUGUGAAGAAAGGACAUGGCGCAGUAUCGAAGGUUCUCCAAGCGCAUGAUGGAGAAUCCAACACUGAGCCAAUAGUGCCACCCAACGGGAAUCAUCACCAAUCACGUCUAGAAUGCGAUGUCUGCACCUCAAAAAUUCCAACAACUGUCUUUCAUUACCAUUGCAACCUCUGCGCUGGUGGAAAUUGGGAUAUAUGCGAGGACUGUAGGAAGUGUGGAGCCACUUGCGUGGACCCGGCUCACCUUCUGCUUAAACGGACGAUGCUUAACGGAGUCUGGUCAGAGAUCACAACUAACCAUGACUCAUGA